AUGGCCUCACACCAGCGGCCCCUCAUGGGACCGCCAGAAACACCAAGCAGAGUCAUACAACAGUCUCCCAGUCUGUUCCCCAGUCUUCAGGUCUCUCCCGAGAUGUAUGCCCAUCAGUUCUCGGGACCAGCCACGGCACCAGCGUAUCCCAACCAGAGACUGUUCUGGGAUCCUGCUAGCAUUAACUUUGACGAAUCAAACCUACCUCAGCAGUACCAGGAUCAUUUUCAAUUCAGUCCUGCGAGUAUGAGCACAUCGUUCGCAUCUUCUUCGACGAUCGUACCAAGUUAUACUCCUCAGCUGUCCUUUCCUAUAUCCGAAGCCCAACCAUAUGACUUACCGAUGCUUCAAAGAUCGUCGAGCUAUUCUCAUUUUGGGGCUUCUGCGUAUCCCGCCCCUUUCACAACAUCGCCUCGGGUACUUCCCCCACAGAUCGAGAACCCCAGUAUGUUCUUAAGCUCGCCAGCCCGCAGGUUCGGUGCCGCGGAUCAGACAACCAAUCGUUUCAUGCACAAUCCCGUCCCGGAAAGGCCGGCAUAUGCUCAUCAGCUCGAGGAGUCUCGGCGUGAGCAAGAGUUGAAACGGCGGAGAAGCGACGUUAAACAGCCCUCUAUCACCCGAUCGGUCAUGGAGGCAUUAAAGCGUCCAGUUUCGCCCAAGAAGGAAAGUCGACCAGGCUUGAAAAGAAGCCUGACCCAUACUGGAGUUCGUGGAGAUCGAUCUUUAAAGCUCCAGCCAUCGUCCACGUUCGUCGCGCGUCGUUCACCAGCACCUCCGGACCCUGUGAAGCAACAUCGUCCCGGAAGGUCAUCGCCUCUGAAACAAGUGGCAGACCCUAUUCAACGUACGCUCACUGCCAGUCAGAUUGCAAGACGAGCCUCAAUGUCGCUCGCCAUUGACGAGAAUGGUGUUGCCAAAACAAUAGUCACUGAUCGCAGCUGCGGGACGGAUUCAGAUGUGUUGUCUGAAAGCGACGCUGAAUCAUUCGACGGGACAGAUCUUCACAUCCUCCACAGCAAGAUCAGUUCUUUUGCUUUUCCAGAGUCUGGAGAAGCGUACGACCAAUUCAACAGGUCAUAUAGUCAUACCAAAACCGACUCUCGUUCUACUGUCGCUUCGACUAAUUCCGCCAAACAGUCUUCGUGGCAUAGUUCUGCCUCUAACACGAGGAGUUCUGACGGUCAACAUGCUCGGCGGAAACGUCCUCUUCCAGGCACCGCUGAAAUGGACAUCUUGAUGGAAGAUCGACCCCAUGGCAAUGCUCAGCACGCGCUAAGAGCCAUACUUGAAGACCGCUCUCGGUCAAUGUCGUCGCAAGGGCUGAACCUCAUGCCACAGCUGCAUUCUUCACCGCCCUUACAACAAAGCCACUACGGAGCCUAUGGUGCAUCACCUACUACAGUCGCGGAUCCCGAGCUUGCCACGCCAAGCACUGAUAGGGAUAGUCUCGCUAGUAAUAUGAGUACAAGAUGUGUUUGCAACUCUUCGGUACUCGACAGCUCCGUGCCGAUGGUUCAAUGUGGCUUCAUACCACAUGCGUCGGAAUUGAUGGCCGACGAAUUCAAGAGGUCUAUAUGUGUGCCUUCUGUGUUCAGACGCCCGUACACCAGGGCCAUGGGUCAUUUCGGUCUUCUGCAGCCUUCCCCAUGGCCAGCCCCCUAG